AUGUGUACAAUCACACAGCCAGGCGAUCCUAUUAUAGGAUUAUAUGGUACAAAAGCUGGUGGACCCACUGGUGGCACCAACGGCAUGUUUACUGCGAUCCCCUCAGAAACACCUACUUCGGCAAUCGAUAAUAACGUUAAUACGAAAUAUGUCAAUUAUGGAAAUUACAGUUAUAUCAAUGGUAACUUUUCUCAAGCUGGACAAGACACUGGUUUCUUCGUGACUUCUACUAGCGGUAAUUUUAGCGUAGCGAACGGUAUUAUUUUUGCGACUGGAUCCGAUUAUCCAGAACGUGAUCCACUUACAAUAACACUUGAAGGAACCAAUUCAACAACAUUACUCCCUAAUCCAAGCUGGACACUUGUAUACACAGGUGCAACAGGUAUCGAUCCCACAACUGCACCUGCACGUCUAACAUAUGGUACUUUACAAGUAUUCUCAAACUCUAUUGCUUUUCGAAGCUAUCGGCUUCUUAUAACUUCACAACGUUCUUACCAAGAUUCCGUUCAAUAUGCUGAAGCCCAUAUCAUGACCUAUUGUUGA